AUGCCCAGCCCCGUCUCGUAUCCCCACCGAGGCCGUGGUCGACCAGACAUAUCCUCCACGACUACAGGCAGCAUGCCUCUGAAGCCUUCAGCGCCUAUCCAAAUACCAGCAGGCCGUCGAUCCGCCGUGCUAUCGUCGACUUCCAACUAUUCCCAACCGACAUCGCCAGAUACUGUCUUCGAAAUGUCGCCCAUUACUACAGAAUUUGUGGGACACCAGCGACCUUCCUUCUCCCUUGCACAGAAUGAGAGGAGUGCGGAAUCUUUCUUGUACAACUUCCCCUCCUUCUCUGGACGACAGCCUCAGACGAUCUCGGACAAGAACUCUCCGACACCCCCGGAUUGCUAUGGCGCAGCCCUAUGCCAGCGGAACCGUGUUGCAGACCCUCUGGCCAUCAGGAUGUCUCCACCGCCACCGAAGAGCAGCUGCGUGCUCGAUGAGUACGAUCUAUCUCCUGGGUUCGUGUACCCAGAUGAAGGAAGCAGGUCAUCGCCAUCGAAAGAAAACUACGACUACUUCCAACCCAGAUCUAGACGGCUGGGACGUCUUUCCCCGGGGCCUCGCCUUCCUUCGUCCAGCACUUCGCCGUGGAUAAUGCAAGGUCGAGGAGACGCCGCAGCAGAAGAUACUAUAGAUGUGGCGUACUCACACAUGGAUCCGAGCGCAUUCGAGUUCCAACGCCAUCUUCUGCAGCGAAUUGAAACCCAAAAGCCCUCUCACAUUAUGAACAUGCGCUCAUACAUGUAG